AUGGCAGAAGAUAUGCUGGCCGUGGAUCCUGACGUUUAUGUCACCACCACUUAUGGCGAUGAUUGGCAGUCAAUCCCCUCGGACGAGCAAUCUUUUGAGUCUUAUGAAGCUGGGCACUUGGUCGACCUGAUAUUGGAGUCAGACGAGGAGAACCCACUCUUCAAGGCACCCAUUCGUUACAAGGAGGCGCAGAUCCUCGAUAUCGGAACUGGUCAGGGUAAUUGGGCAAUCGAUGUGGCCGACUUCUUACCCCAAUCAACCGUCCGCGGUGUCGACCUCUUCCCACCCCCAGUGACCUGGGUCCCCCCAAACUGCAUCCUAGAGGUCGAUAAUAUCCUCGAGCAAUGGACCUGGAAUGUACCCCUCGACCUAAUUCACAUGCGGGGUAUGACCGGGUCCUUUGAACCACACGAGUGGGAUCGUGUCUACAAACAAUGUUACGACAACCUAAAACCAGGCGGCUGGAUUGAACAACUAGAGGCAAGCCCAUACGUAUUAUGCGACGACGACAGCCUCCCAGCAGACAGUAUCCUACACACCUGGGGACCAAACUUUACCCACUGCUGUAUACGCGCCGGUCGCCCCAUUGACACAAUUGAUGUAAUGGCCGGUACCAUGCGCAAGGCCGGCUUCGUGGACUUCCACGAGAAAGAGUAUAAGUGGCCGAUUGGCCCCUGGCCGCGUGAUCAGAAGUAUAAGGAGGCUGGGACGGCCCACUACCAGCAUUGGCUUUCUGGUAUGGAGGGCUGGUGUAUGUGGCUGCUCACCAAGUAUGGUGCGCCGAAUCCUUGGUCUAAGGAUGAGGUUACUGUUUACGUCGCCAAGUUGAGGGCUGAGAUUAAGAAUCCGCGUUACCAUAUUUAUCAGCGGGCACGUCGCGUUUGGGCCCGUAAGCCUUUCCCAGAAGAACUUGCGAGGGAAGCUAGUGUUAAGGAAGAGGAAGAGACUCUUGAUAUCGAUCCUCUUUAUAUCAAGCAAGAGCCCCAAGAAUAA